CCACCAGUAAUUUCUCUUCACUAUACUUUUAACAGGACCCAGGACAGUGAUCCACCCAAAAGCUCGAAUUAUUGCAGAAGCUGGGCCCAUAGUGAUUGGUGAAGGGAACCUAAUAGAAGAACAGGCGCUUAUCAUAAAUGCUCACCCUGAUAAUAUCACCCCUGAUACUGAAGAUCCAGAACCCAAACCCAUGAUCAUUGGCACCAAUAAUGUGUUUGAAGUUGGCUGUUCUUACAGAUUCCCAAGCCAUGAAAAUGGGAGAUAAUAAUGUUAUUGAAUCAAAAGCGUAUGUGGGCAGAAAUGUGAUCCUGACAAGCGGCUGCAUCGUUGGGGCAUGCUGCAACCUGAACACCUAUGAAGUCGUCCCUGAGAACACAGUCAUCUACGGCACAGACUGUCUUCGUCGAGUACAGUCUGAGCGACCACAGCCCCAGACACUACAGCUGGAUUUCCUGAUGAAAAUUUUGCCAAACUACCACCACCUAAAGAAGACCAUGAAAGGAAGCUCAACUCCAGUUAAGAACUAAGAACAGUGUAUGACAUGAAGAUAACCUUUUGUGCUUGGCCACUGUCUUUCAAAACAGCCACAGUGUUGACGCACUCUUUAGCAGUUCACAGGAUAAUACAUGUUGACUUUCUUUUGUAGAACUUGAGUUAAAGAGGAUUUUCAUUGUAUUUAUCCUCUGUAAUUUAUAUAAAAUAUAUUGGCUUUCCCUAUAUCCUUAUUCCUUUUCUGAUAAUUUAAGAUAUAGUUUAGUCUUCCUUUGUUAUAUAAAAUGUUGGCCACAAAUUUUAGUUAUAUAAAAGACUACCCAUGAUAAGAAAGGGCGUGUUGUUAUGUAUUUAUAUUCAAGAAUAUAGUAAUCCAAAUAAAAGUGCUGAUGGCAGGACUUUUAGUGAACAUACAUUAAUCAGUUUUUAUACUUGAAUUCACUUUCCCAAAAUAGCUCUUCUAAUUUUUAUUGUGUACUAGCUAUAUAUUAAAGCUGAUGUAUUUACCAUAUUUUCCUUUUGUGGAUUUGUAGCUGUUUAAAGUUUCAGGGGAAAUUUCAGUAGUUAUUGAAUUAACUUAGACUUCAUUUUGUUUCCAAGAAAAACCUUUUUUUCCUUUUUUGGUAAAACAAAAGUAAUCAGGGAAAAAGUAAUACAAAAGUAAUACAAAGUCAAAAAGAAUGGUGUCUGAAGAUGACAAGUAAAUGACCAUUGAGUAGCAGUCCUGGGUUUCUGAGGGCAAUGAAACUAAAAGAGAUUUUGAUGCACUUAAAAAUUUGCAAAAUUAUUUUGGCAUCUUACUGAUCACUAAUUAUUCAUCUGGUUGUAGUUCGAUUUACCAAUUAUUGAGGAUUUUAUUGUAGUUCCAAGUUUGUUUAAUAAUUCAAGUAUGUACAUUUAAUGGAACAUACUUUUCAACUUCUGAAUCAAUAGAUGUUGAUUAAGACAUUAAAUACUAAAUAGUUUCUCUUGAAUAGUUAAAACUCUUUGAAUUUCUGAAACUGACAGCUACAAAUCAGUCUUUGUUCAGAUUUUCAAUGUCUUUGAUUUUGGUGAGAAUACUCUUGACUCAAAAGUGGAAAACUGUACUUCUGCACACAACAGAUUGAAAAAGGAAUACAUUACAGUAAUGCCCUAA